AUGACAUUGGACGUGGAGAAUUGCCAUUCAACCGUUCACAUUAAACAGGCUAACAUGUCCAUGAUGGAGUACAGCCGCUCGUUUGGACUAACUAUGAAAGAAUCUAUCAAGAGAGUAACGCAGUGGGCAGCAUACUAUCAUACUAGCAGGAAGUCGUGGUAUCCUAAACCAGAAGAGACCAUUCCCUUUUCAAAAGUGCCCACUAUGCAGCCCUUGCCUAUCGUUAAAAUGUCCCAAGCCAACUGCGAUGUUUUACGAAAUUGGGCUUCCUCCUAUGGAGCAGCUGUUAGACAACGCACAGUACGUCAAGAGACAACAAUGGCGAAGCAUGGCACUCUACCCGAAUUCAUGUAUCAAAGGAAAUGUGUCACAUUAGACACACCGGUUACGAUAGAAUCAGGAGAAUGUAGGGUAGAAGUCGCAGAACAAGACGCGGAAGACGAUUUGGCUGAACCAGUGGAGUCAGCGGAUCAAGAAUCACAAGACGAAUUUAUGGAUGAAUUUGACACCAGCAGUGAUGAGGAAGAAUCUACAGGUGAAACUGAGCCAGUGUCACAAGGGCAAGGAGAAAUUGGGAAUUCUCUAACUUUCCUAAUUGGUGCACGAUCUCGUUUUGGAAGGGCUACGCGUUUUAACAAUCGGUUGUUAAACUGAAGAAAUAAAAAGGUAAUUCGUUUCAUUUAUAAUUAAGUGUGUAUGCCGUGAAUACAUUUCUCUUUAUAUAUUGCAUGUAAACAUGUACGAGUCAUUAUAUUAAAUUUGAGAUAUGCUGUCAAGCCAGUGUUCCAGCGGUAGUUGAACCAGCUGAACACAAUAAAUUGUACUUUAUUCCGAUGGAAGUAUUGACCAAUAUUGUCAGAGGGUUAAAUCGUAGUUGGCCUCUUUAAAUUACUACUUCAAUCUAUAUUUAGCUACAGUUAAAUUAUCACGAGCUAACUUUUCGAGAUGCGGUUUCGGACGUUUCGGUAUUCUGUUGAUUUACAACACGGUAUUUUGGUUUUUGAUGAUUUUUUGUGCGGUAUUGCGGUUCGAUGCACCCCCCAAUGCCCCCCUCCAUUUAUAUUAAAGGCAGCUUUACCAGUUGUUGCUGUGACUGCACAUUUGGUACUUAGUAGUGUAUGGAUAGCAUUUAUAAGCUAGCUCUUACCACUACCUGCUACUCCAUUAAUAAUGAGUACAAGCAGGGGUUCUAUUUGAAGAUAUGUCAUUAAGGUGAGACCUGACAAUGUUGUAUGUGAGUUCUUGCAUUUCACUGAAUGUAUCAACGUCUAUGUUUUCAUGUAAGACUUGAUCACUCUACCUGCUCAUAUUUUUUAUCCACACUGGCAUUUCACCAAUUUGUUGCUCGGAAUAAUUAGCUCUAUCACUGUUCCAUUCAUAACCAAUUUCUACAUUUGUUUGCCACAAAUCAGGGAAGGUGCAUGUAAAUCAGAUAUAUGAUCAUCCACUCUUCAUGAAUAUAUUCAGGCUGUUCAUCAGCAUUCAGAUUUUCUGAUUCUUGUUGGUUUUGAACAACUGAUUGAAGUUUGUCAAACCAGUCUGGGACGUUUCCUUUGGAUAUGCUGUCUGAAGAAAUUCUUGCCAUUUAUUUAUCAUUAGGGACUCCGGAGCGAGGGUAGGACACAGGGGGGGGGGGCAAUAUUGACGUUUUCCAGAACCUUAAUUCACCAAAACAAGGGCAAAAUAUUCUCAUAUUUUUCUACUAAACUGUUUUAAGGAAACUAUGAAAUUCCUGUGAAGGCGACCGCAAAUUAGCUUGUAUUUCUGGGUCAAACAGCACCGCACCCAGUUGUUCGAAUGCAACUCGCUCGUUUAACAGCGAUAUUUGUGGUGAGGAAUUCUCUAUCAGCUUAGUAGGCAUAUUUGGUGUCUUAAUAGCCAGAUUAAAGGAUUGUGUUUACCCGUUUAUAUCAUCCGGAGAACAAAGAUUGUUUCUCACCACAACUGACAGUUGGUCGUCAAUACCGUUUUCCUUGUGAUCGGUAAACUGGUUUAGGGGACUAAAGGCAGCUUCAUAAAGUGCAAUUUUGGCUUCCAUGUCUGAGAUUCUCGAGUUAUAAGCUGUAAUAUCCGACUUUAAUUCAGUUAGGGAUGCAAGAAUGGCAUCUAACUUAUCUUGAUUUUCCACAGAUUUUUUCUUCUUGCGAGGUGAACGCUUCCCGAUGAGAAUCUCUUGACUGGGACCAUUUAUGACGGUGUCAAGAAGACAUUUUUUAUCUGCAGAGAGGUUAGGUAGGUAGUAAGACAAGGUAGGGUGGCAACUUUCAGCAAAACUUAAGAAUCUCGCACAAAUAGGCAAUGUUUUUAUGAUUUAGGAUUUUAUUAGGAUUCGCACAUUUAUACAUAAAUACACAAAAUACAUAAAAUAUUACAGAAAACUAAAUACCAUAGAUUACAUUAUUAACGGUUAUUAUGAAAGUAACAUUUGUGCACAGUGAUCAAAGUAGCCUAGGCUUUCGAGUUGACCACUGCAGUAAGUUAGUUAAAUUAGUUCACUAGGAGCGAGAUAGAUAAUUUGAGGUAUCUAUAAUUUUGUGAAAAAAGUAAAAAGUUCACUAAUUUUUUCCGAAAACUUGUAACUGAGCUUGCAAGUUUAAUUUCAGUAUCAAUACUUUGCCAUAUUUGCAAAGAGACAAAAUUGAAUGUAUGAACACCAUAAUUAGGUCGAGCUCUUGGUCUACUAAAAUUUUGAUUACCAGCAAAUCUAGUGUUGUACGAAUGACAUGCGGAAGCAAGUUGGAUAGUUUGACUAAAAACAACAGGAAUAUUAGAUUGAUCAUUAACUCAUUAACUGGCAAUGCGCCCGGAUGCGCCCUGAGAUUGGCAAGUGGGUAACUGGCAAUGCGCCCGCAUACGCCCUCAAAUGACACCUCAACUUGCGGGCAUGAUAUUUGAGCACGUGUUUACCGGGUUGCCUAGCAACGGAUACGAAAAUAGAACGCGAAAUUCGAGCUUUUCAACGGUGUAUCAUGCAAGAAAAUCGGCCAAAAACUCGAAAAGUUUUUCAAGUUUAAAACCUUAGUUUUUCAAAAAUAAUGAAUAAUGGAGAUAUUGUUGCAAAGAAGGAUUUUAAAGCAAGUUUUAAAAGCGAAAAAAGAAGAGGUUUUCGGAUGAUAUACAACGAAAAUUUGGCAUGAAAGGAAAGCGAAUGUAUUGACGUUUUGGGCCAAAUUUUUCUGUGAACCUUGCGCGAGAUUUUCAGCCAAAAAGAUGAGGAUUUCUCCAAACUUUAUUAAAAAUAGAAGUCGGAAAUCACAAGAAAGAUGAACACGGAACACAAGUGAGCAGAAACGAUUUUUUAAAGGGUAUUUUUGAGUAGAAAUAUGCGAUCAAACACUCACAAAAUUCGACCGCAUUAAUGUUGGUUGAAUCUAGUUUAAAGUUAUCUUUUUAGACAAACUGUGUGUGCAAAUUUGGGCACAAUAUCGACUGUUUUCGUGACCCCAUUGUUGGUCUUCUUGUUCAAGUUGUUAUUUUAGCUAAAGUAUGUUUCAAACGACACCAGAUUGUGCGUAUGUGACCUUUUUUGACCUUUUUGGCAAGAAUACUUCGAGUAUUAAAUUACACUAAAUAAGUAGGAUAUUCCAAAGUCACUGUUAUAUCUAUUUUCAUCAAUUUAGUCUUAAAAUGACAACUCGUUUCAGACAUAUUGUGGUUUAAAAUAAGUGUAUUGAAUAAACGCGCUUGCUUGCCGUGUGCGAAUUCUCAAAAAGUCCGCACUUGAGUUGUAAAGCUUUCAAAAUGCUUUUUUACUGUUUUUUAUAUCCCCUAUAAAACUUUAAAUCGAUAAAGUAGAUAAUGUUGAUGAAACAUCAUUUUCUAGUAACUACACAUUGAAUCAGAAGAAAAAGUUAUCAAAAUAGGUCGCGACGGUUGUUUGGUAAAAUGUCGCUUCUCUCUGAAAUGGCUUCCUUUGCGGGAAGCCAUGAAAUUGAAGUCCUAACAAAAACUAACCUUAGCAGUUCUUUUGGGCCCAUGGCUCACUUAUUUAUCAUGAAAUCGCUUCACUAGAAUAUUUUUAAUACUGUCUAUGGAAAACUUUGUAAUUGUCUGAACUAAAAGUUUAUGGUAUCGAGGUGUUUAUUUUAUAAAAUAGCACGCGCGACAAAAUGGCACUUUUGUGGUUUCUCACGUCUGACAAACAACCAAAGAUGAAAGUCCUUAUUUCACCUUUUUAUAGCUAUGUGGAAUACCUGAAUAUUAGGUUAUCUUUUUCAUGUGAGUAUAUAGAUAACAUUUCUACACAAUAGUCCUUAUGAAGGCUUAUUUCAAACUAAAAAAAAAACGAGUGUUUUUCAGAGCCAGACUUCAAAAGAGAACGCGUGGCUGACAUUUUAUAGCAGCCUACAUUGGCGCACAAAAUAAUUUCGGCUAAAAACCGUUGCUUUUCCAACAAAUACAUGAGAAAAUUGAGCUAAAAGUCUUACCUGAUGUAUGUUUAAAAUGUUUUUCUUUUUAUGGUGUUUUCAGUGCUUUGAGUAGAGAGGUUAAUAGCUUUUGGUUUUGUCACCACAAUUUGCCUUUGGAAAUGUCGGCUGUCAUUGUCUGUGUAAAUAACACCUCGGAAAAUUCCUAUUUUCUCACCUUCCCAUCCUUGGUUUAUAUUGAAAAUAAAUAGAUUCUAGUACCAUAUGUCCUUAUAAAUAUAUUUGAAGUAAUUAAAAACUUGAAAGAUGUACAAGCACUGUGUUUUGGCUUGCACACUUUGUUGAAUUUGAACACUUAGUUACUGUUCUAAAUUUCAUGUUGUAAACAUCUUGCCCAAAAAAGCAAAGGAGUAUAUUUCAUAAUUUUUUAUCAUUUUCUAAUUCAUAUCCCAAUAGAUGAAAAUUGGUUAUAAAAUAGAUAUGUAUUAAUUUAGUGAAUAAUUUUUUUUUUGGUUUUUAUAUAAAUUUAUAGAGAUAUUGCCCCUUUAGGUGAUGAGUGACAUGAAAAACAAAAUGUCACUGCUUUACAAAUAAAAAUUCUCAUUGAAAAAACUAAUGAUAUAUAUAGGUAUGCAAGUUCAUUUAAACUAAAUUUGGUCAAUCAUAUAUCAAUGUUGUUUGGUUGAAAAGACCAGAUUUUUUCAUGCAACUGUUUCUGAGAUAUUGCCAUUUUGGUGAAAGCUCUUGAAUUCAAUCAUGUAUUCGCCAUUUUGCUUGUCCACUUUGGGGGUAGAAACAUUGUAACAGCUUGCGCGUUAAUGAGUUAAACAUGUUAUCAAGCUUCAGAAUAUUUAAGAUAUUGUAAUAUGGCAUAGCAUUUUCUCUCAUAUGAGCAAAGAAAAUGCUUUUUAUACAUGUAUUCUGACAGGAUCUCAAUUUAUUAAGAACAGUUGUGUAUGUAUUACCCCAACUCAUUAAGCCAUAAUUAAGAUAAGGAUAUAUUAGAGUAUAAUAAAGUUGUUUAAGUAUCUUUAAAUCGGUGUAAUAUCUAAGUUUUUUUAAGAUACCUAAAUUUUUGAUUGAACAUGUUUUAUUUGAUACUUCCAGUUUAAUUUAUUGUCUAUAUAAACACCUAAAUAUUUUAUACACAAUUUUUCUUCAAUAUUGCUAAUCGUUAUAGGACGUAUUUUCUUCUUAGUAGAUGUAAUUACCAUGUAGUUAGUCUUAUUGUAGUUUAUCGAAAUUUUAUUUAUAUUACAAUACUGUAUAAUAUGAUGUAAUUCAUCAUUCAUUACUCGAUAAAAUCUGUGAGUAAAAAGAACUACUAUACGGCUCAAUUUAAUACAUGCAAAAACAAUUUAAAAGCUACAUGGAAACUUAUUGGCAAUUUAAUAAAAUGUAAAUCAAAAGGUCAGCAAUUUCCUAACCGACCCAGAAGAAACAGUCAUACUUAUACUGAUAAUAAAUGUAUUGUCAAUCAAUUUAAUUCACAUUUUAUCAAUGUUGGACCUAAAUUAGCGAAUUCAAUCGAGACUUGCCUAGAUGAUCCAUGCAUGUAUAUAGAUAAUUCUCCAGUAUCUAGUUUUGUUAUGCACCCAGUAUCUGAAUCUGAGGUGCAGUCUCUUUUUAAUUCAUUGGAUGGGAAUCGAAGCUCUACUAGUGUGCCAAACAUCUUAGUUAAAACAGCAUCCAAUAUCUCAUCACCUGUUUUUACAGUGAUAUUUAAUCAAUCUAUAUCGACAGGUAUUGUGCCAGAUAUCCUGAAAAUAGCUAGUAUCACGCCAAUCUUUAAGAGUGGAGCAGUGACGGAUCCAAAUAACUAUAGACCUAUAUCGAUCCUAUCACCCUUUGCAAAAAUAUUGGAGCGCUUAGUAUAUAAUCAAUUGCAAAGUUUUCUAACAAAGCAUAACAUAAUUUACGAUUAUCAAUUUGGAUUUAGAAAAGGGCAUUCCACAGAACAAGCAAUAUUAGAAACAACAGAUUAUUUUAAAAAGUCAAUUGAUAAGAACGAAGUAACAUGUGGACUAUUUCUAGACUUCUCUAAAGCUUUCGAUACUGUAAAUCACGAAAUUUUACUAUCCAAAUUAUAUAGAUAUGGAAUACGAGGAAUUCCAUUGCUCUGGUUUCGAGAUUAUUUAACUAAUCGCUACCAAUAUGUAAAGUUUGAUAAUGUUGAAUCUGAACAGCAAAAGAUGACAUGUGGAGUCCCUCAGGGUUCAACAUUGGGGCCUUUGCUGUUCAUAUUGUAUAUAAAUGACAUGCCUAAUUGUUCAAAGAAGCUUUCUUCGAAAUUAGUUCGAAAUUUCUUCAAUAGUUUUUAUAACACAUUUGGUAGUUUGAUUUAUAUUGUUUGUUAAAUCAUUUAAUUUAGCAUUCCAGUCGAUCUGCAUUAAAUCAUGCAAAUAAGCUUCUUUGUUAAAUUGUUUAUAGUUUCUGCAAUGUUGUUUAUUGUUGUUUUUUUGACAAGGCACAUUCACAACGCAAAACACAGGCAAAUGAUCAGAUAUAUCACAAACAGCUAUACCAGAUAAGACUUCACUAAGAGGCAUGUUAGUAUAAAUAUGGUCAAUCAAUGUUUUAGAAUGAUCCGUUAUUCUUGUAGGCUUGGUGAUGAGUGGAAUAAAAUUGUUAGCGUACAGCAUGUCCAAGUAUUUUUCUGUAAGUUGGUGAGUCACAUAUUGAAAAAAAAUCAAUAUUAAAAUCACCAGUUAAGAUUACUUGAUAUUUACAUUGAUUAAAAUAAUGUAAUAGUUUUUCAAGUUCAUCCGUAAAAUGAUUUACAUUACUUUUUGGGUGUCUGUAAAUACAGCCUAUAAUUGUAUUCUUGCCCAUAUUGUUUUUAGCCUGAAUUUCAAUCCAACAGGACUCCACAAGUUCAGAUGAAAUUUUAAUAUCAGGUCUAUGUAUGCAUUUUAACAUGUAAUUUACAUAAAUACCAGCUCCACCUGCUGCAGUUGUUGAAUCUACAUGAUAAAAAUUGUAACCUGGAAUAUCAAUAUUGUGUAUGGUGUUCACAUUCAAUUUGGUUUCUGUAAUAGCAAUAAUAUCUGGUUUUGAUGACAGAGUAUAAAUCAUAUCAUUGAGCAGAGUUAAAUUUUUAGGUAGACUUCUUAUAUUACCUUGAAGAUACAAAAAAAAAUUUGUAUGUGUAUUUGAAUAUAUAAAAAUAUUAUAAAUAAGUAUUUUAUAUUAUACCGGGUGUCCCAAAAAAAAGUACUCCUGUUUGAUUCGUGAUAACUUCUAAACAAGUAGAGCUUUUAAAGAGAAAUAACUUGCAUUAAAUAGAGGAAGGACUAACUUAGAUUUUGAUAUAUUCCAGUUGUAUUUUACUUAAAAAGUCACGGAGAUAUCAAUGUUCAAAAUCGGGAGCAUAUUUUGGGAUGUGUCUAAAAUUAGCGAAAAUUAAAAUCGGCAUAUCAAAUAUUAAUUCCAGCGUUUGUUUGCUUAAUGACAUAUCCGGCUAACUUGUAUUUCAGCGAAUUGUCGUUAGGGUUUGUAAGGGAUAUAGCGUAGAUUUAGACAUCUUACAUGUAAGUCUUAGCUCAUUGUUUCCUGAAAUAUGAACUUCGAAAUUAUGCAAGUAUUGACAAGUAUUUAAUAGGUCUUUACAAACUUAAAGGUACAUGAAAGACCGUGGAAGGCAGGCGCUUAAAUUUUUCUUAAAUAGCAUAAUUUUUUUAUGUUUUUAAUGGGUUCAAACAGACUGAGUUGAUUAUUUCUCGGUUAGAGCAGGAUGAAUAUUAUUCUUUAUUGAAAGAAGUAAUAUUGCUUUUUGCAAAUACGCAUCACCGCGUAUCAACGUUUUGUUCCAAAAAUGUUGCAUGCCUCUGGGGAGUUGCUUAAUUGUUAUGUCUUAUGGAGUUGUAUAGUUUGAUUGUGUUUCAUAUAAUUCUCAGUUUACUCUGAACUUGCCAAGAUUAAGAAAAGGCAAAAGAGUUUGGGUGUUCUUAACAAGAUUUCAGAACGUUGCAGAAGUUAGAAGAGCUUCAUAACUCCAUUGUGACAACAUGCCCUAAUUCAGAACUACGAGCGAUCGAUGACGAUCCUUCGCGAUGCAGUGGUCUGACUCAUGAAAUAAGGAAACGUAUUCGUGCUAGGAAUUAACACACGCGAAUUUCGGACGAAUAAAUCUUGCUUGUAUUUUGUACAUAUAAUAAUACUUUGUUUCAUAAUAAACAAUUUGUCAAGUGUCAUUUAUUUACUGGUAAUAGUGCAUGUUUCAGUCGGGCAAAUCUUGAUUAAUAUUUGAUACGCCGUUUUUUGCAUGUUUCAGACACAUCGAGAAAUAUGCUCCCGAUUUUAAACAUUAAUAUCUCCGUGAAUUUUAAGUGAAAUACAACUGUAAUAUAUCAAAAUCUAAGUUAAUCCUUCCUCUGUUUGAUGCAAGUUAUUUCUCUUUAAAAGCUUUACUUGUUUAGAAGUUAUUACGAAUCAAACAGGAGUACUUGUUUUUGGGACACCCGGUAUAAUUAUAAGUAUUGUAUAGUAUGCUAUAUUAUAUGUUGUACUAUAUUUUACUAUUAUAUAUAAUAUAUUAUGGAUAUUAUACUUUGCAAAUUAUGUGUAAUAAUCCAUAUUUAUAUGUUCUCUAAUUAUAUUAUGUUAUUUAUGACCUGGGAAGUGAUUGAACCCCAAAAAUACUGUCCAACCCACAAUUACCCAUUUUCGGCCCCGACACCUUCUUUGACAAAUGUCGCCAAACGUCCGGAUAACUUUGAAUUUUCAGAAAAAAUUUUUCGCAGUCAUGACAGCAGAGGAAAAAUAUUAAAAGUCAUGAAAGUACAGGCAAAUCGGAUAAUUUGUUCAGGAAUGACGGAUAAAUAUUUAUAGGGGUGCGCUCAUUGUGCGCACCCCCGGUACAAAUAGGGUUAAUAUCCGUCACCUGUGAUUGCCCUUUAGCCCCUGGUCUUGGCGAUAUAUAAUAAUUGUGAUUGUUUUAUUGUUCUUCUAAAUUAUUACAAAAUUAAAUAAGUUUUGUCUGACGUUUCGGUUUCGUAUACGAAAACCAUUUUCGAAGACUUGAACGUUUGUUCAUUUUAUCCGUUGAUGUUUAUCUUGCGUCAGCUGCACGAUUGCGUGAUUGUCUUCGCGUGCGUUGACAUUCUGCGCGCGCUCGUUCAUUUGCAAAAUGAACAAUGAAUUGGCUUUUUUUUGGAAAGCUGGCAUACGAAGAGCGAAAAGGACAGCAUUUAUGUUUGCCGCAAAAUGUCAGGCGCGUAUUAUAGUUUAAUUGCAAAUGAACGAGCCCGCGCAGAAUGUGAACGCACGCGAAGACAAUUACGCAAUCGUGCAGCUGACGCAAGAUAAACAUCAACGGAUAAAAUGAACAAACGUUCAAGUCUUCGACCAACAUGCUUUGCGGCUCUAGCAAGAUUGAUAUUUUGAGUAGCUGUACGAUUUUAGCCUGCUGCCUUGCUCGCUCGCUUAAUGCUCACUCGCUGCGGCAGCAAUAAUUGCCCCAAUGAAACAAUUAUUUAAAAAGCGGAACAAAAAGCGACUCAGUGACAAAAAACGAUACUUGCAGUGACGUCGUUUUAAUGUCAGCCUGUUAUCUCCCAUAUAAAAGCAUAAUAAUAUUUAAUAUUUAUAUUGCGUAAAUUAACAUGUUAUAGUAUAUGAUUAAAUGCGCAUAUGUAUGUGAUAACUAAACUUUUUCAUACCUGUAUCGCACUAGUGCCAUUCAACAAACGUUCGUCAUGACUGUAUUUCAAUGAAUACGACUCACUCCACCUAGUCUGUUCCUUGUUACCCAUUACCACAAUCCGUGUUAUGUGAAAUUCCUUUUGAAGAUCAAGCAAGAGGUAUUUUGUGCCAAACCCUGUACCACACCACCCGCUUGCAGUAAACCUUGCAUCCUUAUAAUUACUAGAACUUCCGCCAGAAAACACAGAGUCUGGAAACGUGGCAACGUCCUCUAGUAAUGGGUUAUCGCAUAUUUGACCUUCAGCAAAAGAUAAAGUUAUAUUCUGUACGUACUUUAUAGAGUUGAGAAGACAUAUCGCUCCUCGCAUACCUCAAUGUUAAAGAGCAUUGGAACUUUGCCUUUGAUGGGAGUUUCAGAUUUUAAAACUUGUUUAAAAAUUUAAACGUAUUAAAAAUUCAUCACGUCAAAAGUAUCAAGUCUUUUAAUAGAGUUUUAAGGGAAUGCGUAACAAUGGUCCGUACUGUUAAACUGAUGGUUUGCGGUAGUUAACAUUAAAUAGUUCGUUUGUUUGGUGUAAAAAUUAGCACAAAUGAGGUUAAUUAAAGGCUGCAUGUAUACAAUUCUGAAGCUCUCACUCUAGCUAACGUUGUAAUCCCCUGGUAUAUAAAAUUCGCUCGGCUAUUCAUAUCCGGGUAUGCGAGAACAUAGCGAAGUUCAAAAUCAUCCUUGGCUAAAAGGGAGGUCUCAUUAAAAAUUGUAUGGUGCAACAGCGCCAUUAGAUGCGCGUAUUUGUAACCUAGCAUACUUACAGGUUGCGUAUGGCAAAAUAACACGUGAAAUUGUUGUAGAAGGCUCAAGAUGGAUACAACAGGAUGUCUCAUUUGGUUGUGUGUUAUGACAUAUCAAGUCCCCGGUUCCAAUAUAUUGUCCACUACCAAUAUUUCUGGUACUAAUAUUGUUCUCGGCUGUUUCGUGAAGUCGUAAGUGCUGGCACAGUAAUUUCUGACGAUUUUUAUCCCAAUUUUCUUCAACAACUUUCCUCCAUGUUAAGCCAUCCUUUAUUUCGAUGAAACCUUUGUUUGGUGAAUCUGAUAAUCUAAUAUUAGGUCCUGAAAGAAACCAAACUGAAUAAAAACGAAAUUCUAAUAACAAAGCUGAUGAUUAAUUUAUUACCUAUAAAACUCGUAACUAACAAUACAUAUAUUUUACCCUUGAUAUAUUGAAUACUCAAAUGAGUUACUCAUCUGCUGCUCUGUUUCAUUACGCAAAAAAUAAUCUCUUGAAAUAUGUAAACAGGGAAAUGUAUUCAAGAUCACUUCACAGUUUUGAGCGUUUCACAUGUACAGUUAUGCAGUUUCACACAAUUCUAUAUACUAGAUCUAAAAAUUAAAUGUUCGGAAACAAUCAACAAUCAUAUAGAUUAUAUUUCCGAUAGGCAAAUUCCGAUAGCUCAUUAAUUAAAGAAGAAAAGACAACCUACGUGUCGGUGCUAUUAUUUGUGAUAAAAAUCAAGUUAAUUUUCAUAAUCUUUAAAACUCGGCAAUAAACUAAUAAGAUAUAGGUCUUUUUAAACGAAGUCAUUUAAAAUAAGCACUUGCAGUUCGUGUUUUAUCAUGCUCAUAUAAAGCACUCCAACUCGUAUUUUUAUACCUGUAGUUAUAGUGGUUGAGCUAAAGUUAUCCACACAAGUGUACUCUAUAUAGAUUUCUUUUGAAACAUCAGGACAAUAUUGUCGCGGUAGUAAUCUUUUGUCAAUGGUAGGUCCACAAGACCUUCUUCCAUCACAAAGUGAUUUCACUUGACAAUUGGUUAGCACGCUGCAGUAAAUGUCAGUGUUUGCAUUGACAUCCAACGUGCCAAUCUUAUUAAAAUCUCCAUAAUCAGCUCUAGUGACCGCCAUACGUUGUAUAAGAGAACAACCAACAUCUUCCAUUUUGGUGUUGUAGGCUGUCACUGAUCCUAUAAAGUAGAGUUGAUGAAGUAGCUAGGAUUGCUUUGUUUCUCUUUGGUUUCUGGAAAAUACUACUAAUCUGCCUGGAGGCGAUGUUUUAACCUGUUUUUUAGUUCAUGUGUCGGUGUUUCUGUAUGUUUGUCUGACAAAUAAAAAUGUUAAACAGAAAAUAUAUAUAGGCUAAUGGCUCUAUUACACGUACGGACAAAAUAAUCGAUUGAAUUGUGUUUCAAUGCGAAUAAAAAUUAGAUGAAAAAUUAGCAAAAGUUUGUCUUGCUUCUCCAGGCAGAGAAAACUGAAGCGCAGUUAGUCCGUUGUAUAUAUAAUUUAUACGCCUCAUGAUAUAAAAUAAACCCAAUUAAUCAGCUGGCGGAGGUAAGUUAGUUCUAUCUGUAAGCCCAGGGGCCGGUUAGUUGUAUAAAAACGUAGUUAACUUUAACUAUGAUCAGCAUUAAUCACCGUAGUUAACUUCAUUAACUAUGAUUAGUUAAAGUGCAUAUAACAUGACAUUUUUUAUUUUCUUGAAUGAAAGAACUCUUUAAGCUGUGGUGUAACUUAUUUUUCAGUUUCUUGUUUUUAUGGUUUGUUUCCGAGAUAUUUCAAUUUGUUUGAUGUGUAAAUGAGUGUGAAUAUGUUCGCUAUUUUAUGACAUCACGUUGGUUGCAAGCUCAACUUACACUGAUUAAAAAUCUAUUAACUCUACUGGACUGUACAUAUCAGUUUACGUUUUUGUCCUGUAUUUCAUCACAUUUACCAGUGAGUGAAGCUCGAAAUUAUUAUCCGGGAUGAUAACAGAGACAUUCAACCAUUUUAGGGAGCCUGCAACCAACGUGACGUCAUAAAUUAGUGGACAUAUUCGCACUCAAUUACAUAUCAAACAAAUUGAAAUAUCUCGGGAACAAAUCAUAAAAACAAGAAACUGAAAAAUAAGUUACACUACAUCUUAAAGAGUUCUUUUAUUUAAGAAAAUAAAAAAUUUCAUGUCAUAUGAACUUUAACUACACGACUUAAUAGACCUUUAUAACAAGGUUGACGUCAGCAGGCUUGUGACGUAGUGUGCGGAGGAAAUCCCGAAAGCUCAGAGUUGUUUACUUUUUUUUGAGUUUUUUAAAAGCCAUAAAAAGCCAGUAUUAUGGUAAGUUUAAAAUAAAUUUUUCUAUAUAUUGCCCAAGUGAGUUUUAAUAUUCGUCGUAGUUUAAAUUUUAUCUGCAUGUUUUUUAUAUUGGAUUGUACAUUAUUUUAUUGUCAACAUUUAGCAAAUUGUUCGCUCGGUUUGUUUGUAUAUUUCGUUGCUAAAAAGUAUAAUUUUUCUUUUUUGUUUCUCAAAUUCAUCAGUCCAAUCAUCAGCAUGCCCCCAAUCAAGCUGUAGACAGCAAUUGACAGGGUUAGUGAUCGUUUAAAGAGGUAAACAAGCGAAGUUAGACAUAAGUCUAUUACUUUUAUCCGUAUAUAGUUGAAGUGAACAUAUACAUAACAAUUAUGAUUUAAUUAGCUUUUAUCAAUCGUGUAUAACACUUUUCGGGUCUGGGUCGACAAUAUUUAAUUUUCUAUCAAGAUUUUGUCUUACUCGGGGUCGGCUAUUUUGCGAGCUGCGAGUUGCGAGCUGCGAGUUGCGAGCUGCGAGUUGCGAGUUGCGAGCUGCGAGUUGCGAGUUGCGAGUUGCGAGUCGCUAGCCUCGCUUUGAAUUAGGCUUUGAAAGUAUAUUAAUAUGGACGACAUGGAAGGCAAAGUCGAAGGGUUUUUUGUUUCAUAAAUAUAAUGACCUUCGAAGUUAAGGUCCCUGUAAGACUUCGACACAAAAGAAAAUGCUACGAUACGGACGAGAUAAAAAUCGGCCUUUACUUGUUUUUUUACUUUGUUAGAUCCAUCGAUACGUAUGUUCAAGAAUUAAAAUAACUAUAUUGAAAAUAAAAGUGCAAGUUUAUAUUUGCCGUUUCUGUGUUUAAUAAAAUCUAGUAGUUAUCCAGACCAUUUUGUGCUUUCUAAUCUUAAAAUGGUUAUUUAAUUUUAUUAGUAAGUAUGACCAGACACCGACUCAGUUUGUUUAUAUAUACUGAACGCUGGGAACCCUAUAAAACUCAAGUCCUUUUCAUCGGAAGUACAAUUUAUUUUAUACAAUUUAUACAUAUAGACAUACAUAUACAUACAUAAACUUUAUCUAAACACGGGAAAAAAUCAUCAGUAUAUCAAAACGAUUGCUAUUUACAAGUUUGUAAGUAUAAAAAUAAAUGCAAUGAAUGUUUAUUUCAAAAGCUUAAAAUUGGCGCCAAAUUGAGACAAAGCUAAAAUCACAUCCGCCAGGAUGCCAUACAGUUUUCAAUUUGAAUUUUUAGUGUAAACCACAGGUGUAAACACUUGGUUCGGUGCUUCAAAGCUAGGUUAGUGUUAACCCUGGGUUAAAAUUAAACCCGAUGUUAUUAGAAAUUAACAAUAUACUCGUAACUCGCAACUCGCAACUCGCAAGCUCGCAACUCGCAACUCGCAACUCGCAGCUCGCACUAUAGAUAAUCUCGUCUUACUCUAUAACAUGAUAAUUAAGCCGAAUACUUUCAGAUAUUUUGAACAUGUACAUUGCUUGGAAAUGUAUCGCAUAUCCCAACUAUAAAACUGUUCUGAAGCAAAUUUUAUACGUUUUAAAAUUAUGUAAAAGUUUAUACGGAAGUACGGAACCCUGUAGACAUAGUAUUUGUAAACAGCUCCGCAUUCGUUUCUGAAGAUUUAAUUUUUAAAUCUCUACACUUCAGUCGAAAUUUUAAGUUAUUUUUGGUAGCUUUUUCAAUAUACUUGCCAAUUUUGACCCGGAGAUAUGCCCUUUUCUGUCAACUAUAUCGACAAAAAUAAUAGAUUUAUCAUGCAGUCUUACGAGUCAUUGUGUACAAGAUGUACUCAGAGACAGAGUUUAACUUCACUUAUGUACCUCUUUAAACGAUCACUAAGCCUGUGUAUUGCUGUCUACAGCUUGAUUAGGGCCAUUCUGCUAGCUGCAUGAUGAUUAGACUAAUAAAUUUGAGAAACAAAAAAGAAAAAAUAUACUUUAUAGCAACAAAAUAUGCGGUAAACAAAUCUAACGAACAAUUUGCUAAAUGUUGACAGUAAAAUAAUGUACAAUCUAAUGUGGAUACAGAUAAAAUUUAAACUACGACGAAUAUGAAAACUGAUUUGGCCUAUAUAGAGAAAAAUUGACUUCAAACUUACCAUAAUACUGGUUUCUUUUGACUUUAAAAAAACUCAAAACAAGUAAACAAUGCUGAGCUUUCGGAAUUUCCUCCGCAAACUACGUCACAAGCCUGCUGACGUCAACCUUUUUAUAAAGGUCUAUUGCGUUGCACAAAACGUAGUUUGUCGGAUGAUUAACUAAUCAUGUAGUUAACUUGCGCGGGGCAUGCGUGGGGCGUUAUAAUUAAACACAAAAUCACCAUAAAGUAAGCAACGAUUAUAACGAUCGUCGACAGGUAUUGUUAACAUGAUUGUGGACUAGCAUUUUGCAAAUAGGCGGGAAUUUUUUUCAAAAGAGUGAAACAAAACCAGAAAACAAGGAAAAACACAACGAAGAAGGCCAUUUUUACUUGAGAUGUUUACGUUAAGGUUACAGAACACCUUUGAGCGUUAAUUUUGCCUAAUUUUUUUUUAUUGGUUUCCAUGAAAGCAUUGGACUAGUUCUACUAUCUGACCAAGUUUGGACGAAAAUUGUUGAAAACUCGCAGAGUUAUUUAAUAAAAUACAUUUUGCUGCAAUAAGAAAAACAUUGAAAAUGUAACGUUCAAAUUCAAUUUUCUCCGGAAGAAUUUUACGGCAAUUACUGAUUUUUAAACGAGUUGUGCUCCUGCGGGUUUUAACGAAUUGUUUUCAAAUUUUCAGAAGACAUAGGUAAAGACGUCAGUCUCAAAAUUGUGUUCGGAUUUGUUCUAAUUUUGGAUAUUUUAAUAAUAAGGAGCAAUCCACACAUCUUAAAACCAGCAGGAACAUAACUCAAAAGCGUGAAGGUACCACGACUUAAGAUUUUCCUGAAUAAUUCUUACAUUAUUUAUUGUUUGUCAAUUUAAAAUUUUAUCAUAUUUUGCAUGCUUUGGCUAACAUUUGGUGAAAAUUUGAUGAAAAUCGGACUGAUUUUGAACGCAAAGUAGCGAUUUUUCGCAAGACGCCAAAAAGGGUGUCCAGUAACCUUAAGCCAAAGUAUAACUGUUUGGCAACUAUCUAUCAUGUUUCUUCGUGUAAUGGGGCCCACGUCGUCUUCGAGAAAUCUUCCCGUGCAAAAAUAUAUUUUGUUUUCGCCGAAAAACCAAAGCGAUAGUGUUCGAAGAAUUUAUAUUGUCAGAAAACAUUCACAGGGAAGACAGCGAUAGAAAAUCCCAGGUAAGCAUUACUUUUCAUUGUUGUUUUAUUGAAAAAUUUUGUUCCCUCCUAUAGAAACGCCAUUUUUAACUACGUUUGGGAAGUUAACUUAACGAUACCCUAAAGCAUCGUUAACUUUAACUACGUUUUAACUACAGUUAACGCUAACCACUUUUUUAUAUUGAACCGAGUUAAGGUUACAGGACACCCUUUUUGGCGUUUUGCGGAAAAUCGCUACUGCGCGCUCAAUAUCAGUCCGAUUUUCAUCAAAUUUUUACCAAAUGUUCUCCAGUGCAUGUAAAAUAUGGUAAAGUUGUAAAAUUAACAAGUAAUAAAAUAAUGUAAGAAUUAUUCAGGAAAAUCUUAAAUCGCGGUACCUUUACGCAUUUGAGUUGUGCUCCUGCAACCUCGUUCCCAGGGUCUCUCCUUCUGUCAUCUGGGAGAGACCCUGGCUGCGGCUGGUCACGUGCCUCCCAGAUUCUGGGAGUUAAAUUUAAUUGUAACUGUGAGAGGGGUGGGAAAGGAGCGUGUUUGUAGCGUUUUAAAAUUGCAACUUUGGGUGAUGAAAUUUACUGUAAAUUUGCAACAAGAAAUCGUAAAGAGAACUCUUAAAUUAAUAUUUAUAUCUUGAUGUUCUACUCUAUAAUCUGGUGUCGAGUUACAAUUCAAGCAAGUUGGAUCAGAUUUCAUUAUAGACUUGCCAAAGAAAGCACGCUUGCGGCGGCUUGCCGCUUGUGCAGCGUGGCAAUAUUAAACCUACAAGAAAAUAUAUAUCUCCAGACCGAACAGUGUGGUUGUUAUUUAUUUAGUAUUAAAGUCUAUCCUGAUACUCGAACGAAAAGAAUUUAUUUAUUAAUGAGAUGUGGAAUUGCAACGAAAUAGCGAGAUCUUUUGAUUUCCGAAAUAUCGCCAACUGUAUCCAUAUUGUUGAUCUAUAUAAAGGCCUUAUCAAAAAAACUUAAAGCCCGUCAAAAGACUAUAAAAUUGGCCCUUGGCAUUACUGAAACCAACGAUCAUGGUAUAUGUCAAAGUAUAGCUGUCUGUUGAAAAUCUACGGUAUUAAAAUCAUACACCAAAGAUAAGUCAAACGACAAAUUAUAUGUCACUAUAUUAUAGAUGUCUUUCAAUGAGCACUCUUUAGUAGUGUUCACCACCUUUAUAAAUUUUGUAAACAGCUUUCGUUUUGACAUGAAUAAGCUUUAUUUUUUUCCUGUAUAUGCAUUCUUAAUAAUACAAGUGAGAUUUAAAUUUUUGCUUUGACUUUGCGAAAUAGAAUACCGUUAUUUUUUAAUGGACAGCUUGCAUCGUCUAUAUCAUAUCCAGAAUUGCUUGUGUGUAAACGCAUUAUUCACUAUAUGACACUAUCAAAUAAAUAUAAGUAGCAAAUGAUUAAUGAAUUAGAGAUAAACAGGUGAUUCACAAUGAAAACUUUAAAAAUGUUAGUAGAAGUAGAAAACUCGAAAAUUUAUGUCUAUUCGUAUGACGCCAAUCACGGUCUGUGCGCAUCUGACACUGUAAAUUUGUGAUAUAGAUUAUAGUAUGUUAACACAAUAUAAUGAUUAAUAGAGACCAAGAAAAAGGCUAAAGUCUUACUAUAAUUACCGAAUACGAAUUAUGAACUAAAUCCAGAUAAAUCAAUGACUGAAAUUUCCUCUAUGCUUAUGGACAUUUCUCUGUUCGGCUAUUAUCAAAUGUUUACAUUUGCUAAUAUUGGGCCAGUCCUAGACAAUACUGUUUCUUUUAAAAAUCUUAUAAACAAGGCGCGUAGUAACAAGUGAAUCGGUGCAAAGCGUAUCAACAUUUACAAGAAAGGACGAAUGUAAUAAACGUUUGUUACAACCGCGCUCGAGUGUGAAGAGAGCAUGCAUUGAAUAUUUAAACAACACGAGACUCGAGCACUGCGAGUAACGAUUUGCUUGGUUUCUUUGACUUGGCUGUAAGUAAGAAUGUUCUUGUAAAUUGAAAGCAAAGAAAAUAAACAAAAAUUAGCAAGUAUUUUGAACGUAAUAAUUCGCAAAAUUUAUGUUUUUAACGAAUAUCCCACUGGAAGCAUGUUGAUGUAAUUUGAUACUUUCCCCACACCCCCUCGGGCGCUAAAUUUUUGAUGAGGCACGUGACCAGCCGCAGCCAGGGUGUUUCCCAAAGAAAGAUCCUGGGUACGAGGUUGGUGCUCCUGCUGGUUUUAAGUUAUAUAUAUGAAAAUAUUAUUUUUAUACAGUAAAAUAGUUGUUCUAAAAAAUUGUGUUCGGAAUUUUUUGUUUAUUUCGUCAUUCCGCUAAUAUGGCAAUUUCUUUGACGACUGCAAUAUAUUUCUGAAUCGUUUGAGUGACUAAUUACCGUAAAAUUCUUCGGGAGAAAAUUGAAUUUGAAUAUUACAUUUUCAAUGUUUUUCGUAUUGCAGCGAAAUGUAUUUUAUUAAAUAACUGUGCGAGUUUUCAACAUUUUUCGUUCAAACUUGGUCAGAUAGUAGAACUAGUCUAAUGCUUUCAUUGAAACCAAUAAAAAAAUUUUAGGCAAAAUCAACACUCAAAGGUGUUCUGUAACCUUAACUACGUGAUUACACCCGUUUUCAAAAUUACGCGACCAAAGACGAAAAUGCUAGAGUUGACAUGUCAGUUUUAUGUCAUUCGAUCACGAAGUUCAAAUUUUGAGUUUUGCGGUUCUGUCGAUGUAUAUGCUUUGUAUGCUUCAUAUAAACAGACUUACAAUGAUUUUCAAGAUAUUUUAGUGAGAAUUAUUGUAAAAUUUAAGCACGACAAAAUCAUAAUAUCACCGUUAUAGUCUAGCGCGCGUGUUUUAUACUGACAGCUAUAUUCCAGGAUAAAUUGUUAUUUUUCAAACUUUAAAAGUCAUUCACGGCACAUAUUUAUGUUGUGAUGGUUUGUAUUGUGCUUUAGUUUGUAUAUCUAAGUUAUCUGACUCAUUUUUGUUCAGUUUUGGUAUUGAAUACGGUUUAAAAUGUCUUUAGACAGUUUGUUUACGUUUGCUAUUUUUAGCAGUUCUUGUGACAUAAAACUGACAUUUGAAGUAGGAGUAUUUUUCAGGGAGGUCGCGUAAUUUUGAAAACGGGUGUAAAGUUAACCACUGUUUAACUACAAAAGAGUGAUUAAAAAAGUGAUUAAGAGUUUUAUACAACCGGCCCCAACUCGUCUUCAUCAGUGGUAGUAAUGUUUUCUGACUUGUUAUCACGAACAGUUAAAUUUACAUUUUCGUGAUCACCGUACCCAUCCAAAUCGCAAUAGGUCUUAUAAAUAGAUAGACCUUACGGAUAAUGACAUCACAAGGUUUGAAGCCCUCGAGGGAUGCUGGUCUUAGCAGUCAUUGUCCGGGAAAAUUUCGAUAGUGGCAAUUUUGAAUUGUUUAAUUUUCCUGGGCAAUAACGACUAAGACCAGCAUUCCUCGGCAUGAAGCUUGUGACGUCUUUAUGACUAAGGUCUAUUACAGGUUGGUAAUUUGCAGGCAAACGUUGCGAAAAAUAUAAAGGGAACUUCUAAAUAUAUAGACUGCUGCUCAUUGGGAGAGAUAGAACUACCAGAAAAUACAGGCAGAACUUCGACGUUUCGAGCGAAUGCGGUUCUUUGUCGCUAUACGCUUGCACAGACUGUUCGAGAUUUCCAAACCAUAACCAAAAACAAAAUCAAUACGUACGUGCACAAUCUUUCCCUCGAUAGUUUUCUCGAUACGAAAGUACAGUAUAAAACACCCAUAAAAGAACAGGGAGAUUGAAAACAACAAGUCUGAAAUUUACGUAAUUAAUUAAAUUAAGUACCAAAAAUACAACCGAACCACUUUAAGCUAACAAAACAGAUUGUCACAUCAAAAUAUUCAUUCUUGUGUUCUAGUCGAAAUGACAUACUUAAUUAAGCUUUUUCACGCUCCCAUUUUUGGGUGGCUUUUCAGCCGAAGUCUGCGAUAUAAGUCCACAUAACAGUGACCUUUUAUAAUUUUUGAACGAAUGAUGAGAAACUUGCUUUGUACAGUACUGCUCAGAAAUAACCUAACAGAAAACACGUUAGGAACGCGUCCGGAACGCGUUCCUAAAUGCGUUCCAUUCGCGUUCCACUGUUACCGGAACGCAUCUUCGGAAUGCGUUCCGGUUACACUCGUAUCGAAACCGAACAUCGUCGGUAAUCAUCGCGAUUUUCCGAGUAUUAGUCAGCCUCACUUGCACAUUUUGCGUUCACACUAUAAAGCAUUAAACCGCGUCUUUACAUUUGCUUUCCACUAACGCGUCGCGAAUCAAAAUAACCUAUGAUGUACACAUCACGUACAUGUAUGUGCAUGCGUGGUCAAUACUUGGGACAAACUAAAACACAAUCUAGCUAAUUUCCUCUAUUCGCCAUCAGGUUUCUGAUGACCAUGUAGGAAAAGCUCGCACUUUUCACAAAACUCUAAAGGGCAUCAAAAUAAAUAAAAACAGUUUUGAAGGAAUUUUAAUGACUUUAACGGUAUUGUCUAAAAUUAUGGAAAUUGUUCAUAGUUGUCAACUGUCAAAACCUAUAGUAGCUCAUGCUUCAUUCGGUGUCGGGAUUUUACGAUGCGAGAACGCUGUUUUUAGCCAAAGUGGGGAACGCGUUUCCAAGUUUCCUCUGGAACGCGUUCCAACCGCGUUCCGACCGCGUUCCAACCGCGUUCCGACCGCGUUCCAACCGCCUUCCAACCGCGUUCCGACCGCCUUCCAACCGCGUUCCAACAGCGUUCCGACCGCGUUUGCAACGCGUUCGGAACGCGAACGCAGUGUUAGGUUAUUUCUGAGCAGUACUGUAAAUGGUUAAUUUAUUUUGAAAAAUCGCUUUCCACUUUGUUUUAAAUUGUCUGAAUUGGUUAACGAGAAUUAGAUGCUACUCAAAAAUGGCGGAUAUUAAUCAUCGUGAGAAAGGCUAAUGUAAUGCUUAUAACCAGGAAAUAACGACAGAAUGGCCAUGCAUAAUCGCCUUCAAUUUCUAACAAAGAAUAAAAUGUAAAAAAAAUAUUUAACUCAGUACUAUAACAACCCAAAAUCUCCGCCACUGUUUGCCGACAUCGUCCAGCAAUAAAUCGGUGAUUUUGGAAUCGUUUUGGUAGCAUAUUAAUAUUAGGGAAGGAGGCGAUUAUGGGAAGACCUUCGGCUACGCCUCUGUGACGCCUGCGGCUUUCCCAGUAAUUUAUUCCCCCUCCCAUCACAUAUGCUACAUAACGGGGGAAGGUACCUUUCGAUAGCCGGCGAUAGUCCGGGUAUGGUCCAGUGACAGGUCAGAAUCAUGAAGGAGAGGGAACAAAUAAUGGGCAGUGACAGUGUUCCGAAACCCUCAGGUGUGUGUGGUACAUUGCGUAGUGACAGUUCAGAGUAGUGGAGCGGAGCAAAAGCAAAAAAAAAAGGCACGGUACCCAUAGCAUCCUGUGGAUAUGAUACAAUUUGGUGAUCCGUCUAUGGUUCCGGCCAUGGUGCAGUUCGGGUCAAAAUUGCGGAGCAGAGAGAAAAACAGCCAAAAUGGUGAAUGUGACUGUUCCUAAUACGCAUGGGGCUUUUAGUGGGAUGGUUUGUAAGGGAAUCCCUUUCAAUGCUCGUCGAUGUUCCAGGUCAGGAAUCAUUGUCAGUACCUAGUAGUGGAGCUGGGAGAAAACCAACAAAAUCUGUGUGCGUGAACACCCUGGUCAGUAUCGUACCAUUUGCUGACUCGUCGAUGGUCCAGGCUAUGGUCCAUGUCCAGUGAGGUAGCAAAGGAAGUGGACGGGGCAAGACAGGGCUCUCCAAAAAAGUGCUGAAGGAUUCUCGUUGUGAAAUCUGAAAUCACAGGAGGCCCAGGCUCGAUUUGCCCGCGCCCGCCUGCGCCUUCCUUAUAACGAGGGAAGGAAGGAAACAUUGAGACCAAAAUAGCCCAGACUUGGCAUAUGUCACACGAAACUAUCCUCGAUUUUUCGCCUUUAAUGCAUUUCUUUCACGAUUAAUCGAUAUCCCCUGCAAGAAUGACACCGUAUAACUCUCAAAACAACGAUACUUUAAUCAAAGAGCUUAAAUUCGCUCUGAAAUCCGUGAGGGAAUAACAAAAUUCGGCCAAAAUAUAUCCGCGUGCCGGGUUUGCUGGACAAAAAGCGGAAGUUGUUGAACAACUCAAAAUACACUCAACCCUAAUUGGACAACGAAAAUCAACAAACAUUUCAAAUUUUUCUCCACUGGGAGGGGAUAGUACUUGGAACAAUACUGUAAUAAUUUGAUUAUUUGAAUCAAAACAAUUCACAAACGUUAUAAAGUCUACUACAAGUCGAUUAUAUGUGUUACUGUAAAUAUAACUGUAAAUAUAACUAUAAUUUACCCUGAAAUAUCUUGUCAAAUAGGGUAAAUUACUGUCCGUAUUUACUGACUAAACUUCUUAAAUUUAAAUAAUUAGAUUUGCACUGGUUAUCCCCCGACAAAUUUGUUAAAUGUUUUGAUUCAAAUUUAUAUUACAUUACUGACUACUGAAAAUUUGAAAUGUUUGUUGAUUUUCGUUGUCCAAUCAGGGUUGAGUGUAUUUUUUUUUAUUAUUUAAACAUAUUUUAAAACGGUAACCCUUCAGGGCUCAAUAAUACACCUGCUUUUCAAGGGGCCGUUUACAUGCAUCACACUAAUAAAAUUUUCAGAUAUAAUAUUACACACAUAUUAAAGCUUAGAUAAAAAUAUUUACAAACAAGUAUAUGUAUAGUACUGAAAUCAAGUACCGUCAAGAAUACAUUUAAAUUUGUUUAAGCCAAUGCCUUUUUCUUUAGCUGCAGUGGGCAAGCUGUUCCAAAAUGAUGCAGCAGAGUAACUAAAGCUCUUUUUCAUAAAGUUUGUUUCCGGCUUUUCAAGCGUAUAGUUGUUAUCAUUACUUCGCAAGUUAUACCUAUCAUUAUUUGCAAUUUUGAACAUGUUUGUUAAAGACGAUGGCAGUGCGUCAUUUCUUAGUUUAUGCAAGAAGCUCGUCUUAUUGUUUUUGUAUCGAUUUUUAAGUGGUUGCCAGUUUAACUCUUUUAAAACGUUCUCAGAACUUACAUCGUAUGUGCUACCAGUGAUAAUUCUCGCUGCUCUAUUUUGUAAUUUUCGAAGUUUAUCAAUUAGAUAUUCACAACAGUUGCCCCAUACCAAGCUACAAUAAUCAAAGUGUGACAACACAAUGGCAUUGUAGAUUUUCAAUAAUGUUGAUUUGGGAACAAACUGUUUCAUUCUUCGCAUCAUCCCUAUUUCUUUUGAAACUUUCGUUACAUUAUUUUGAAUUUGGUCGACCCAUGAAAGACGCUCGUCAAUAAUGACUCCUAAAGUUUUUUGAUUUACGAACACAUUUAAUUUCUGACUCACCGAGUUCAAUUUUUGGAUCCCCUAUUUUAUUUGAUAUACGUUGUCGUGAGCCGAUAAUCAUAUAUUCAGUUUUUUGUUUGUUGAGUGUAAGUUUGUCUGCAAGUAGCCAUUGAUGCACAUUUUCUAAGUCUGUGUUUAAGCGUUCUUGUAUUUCAUUGCCAGUAUCACCGUGAGUUGAAAUGUUUGUGUCAUCAGCAAACAUGCUUGCUGAAGACAGACUCAGACAAUUUGGUAGGUCAUUUAUAUAAAGCAAGAACAGCAGUGGGCCUAGAUUUGAACCUUGAGGUAUGCCACAUUUAACAGUCCUUGCCUCAGACAUUGCUUGGUUGACCUUGCAGAUUUGAGUCCUAUUUGUAAGAUAAGAUCGAAACCAUGCAAGUGUAUGUCCUCUUAUUCCAUGGAUAUGCAUUUUCUUAGUUAAUAUAUGGUGGUCAACGCAGUCAAAGGCUUUUUUGAGAUCCAGAAAAAUAACACCGUUCAAACAACCCUUGUCCAUAUUAAUUAACCAUUGGUUUGUAAUGUUAAGUAGGGAGGUUUGUGUGGAAUUAUUUUUUCUGAAUCCUGCUUGCUGUUCCGUAAGUAUGCCGUUAGAUUCCAGAUACGUUUCAAGCUGUUCGGUGAUUAAUUUCUCAAAUAUUUUAGAAACUGAUGAUAGAACAGAGAUUGGGCGAUAAUUAUCGCAAUUUGUUUUACUUCCAGAUUUAUGAAUGGGUGAAAUGAUUGCAGUUUUAAAGUCAUCAGGAAAUACACCCCCAUGUAUAGAUGCAUUAAAUAUGGCUGUUAAAUUAAUGUGGGUGCUAUAACUUCAGCCGCAUCUUUCAGAAGUUUGCCGGAUAUUCUAUCAUGGCCUGCUGACUUGGAUGUUUUUAUCGUCGAAAGUAAUUUAAAUACUUUUGUUAAGGAGACGUUUUGAAUAUUAAACCGUGCGUUGGACGAGGUUAAGUAAGACUCGGCCGUCUUGGAACUUGGUGGAAUGUCUUUUGCUAGGUUUGAUGCUACCUCAUUGAAAUGCGCGUUUAAGCUAUUUGCGAUCUCCUCUGGUUUUGUCACAUUUUGAUUGUCAUGUUGGAUUUCGGAUAUUAAAGUUGUUUUUGACUUUUUCCUGUAAGUUUAUUAAUCGUUUUUCACAUUUCUUUGGGAUUGUUUUCGCAUCCAUUCAAAGUGUUCCUAAAAUAAGUCGAUUUUGUAUUUUUAAUUAAUUUGUUUAGAUCGUUACGUGUUCGCUUAUAGGCAUCAUGAAACUGUUUCGAUCCUGUUUUAACUGUUUUUUUCAAAAAAUCUCUUUGUUUCAUAACUUCCCUAAUAUUAUUUGUGAUCCAUGGAGCAUACUCACUUCUAACCUUUUUGGUAGUCUCGGGAGCGUGAAAAUCGGCGAUUGAUAAAAAUGUUGUUUUCCAUUUUUUCCACAUUAUAAGCAUAGUAUCCCAAAAUAUUCCGUUGUGUAAAUAGAUGAAAAUAUCUGAAUUAAAGUUGUUCACGCUGUAAUGCUUGAAUUGUCUUGUUUUAAUAACUUUUAGGUCAUUACGAAGAAUAGAAAUUUAUUUUUGAAUAUAAAUUAAACUAUGGUCACUAAUUCCCAGAUGGAUUUGGAUAAUUCUUGAACCAUUUAUUAAUUCCGGUUUAUUCGUGAAUGCUAAGUCUAUUAACGUUUUCGUUGUGGACGUAAUUCGUGUCGGUUCAUUAAUCAAUUGCUCAAAUUGAAAAGUUCCUGCAAGUUCGGCAAGUUUGUUUGUCUGGGCAUUAGCUUCAUUGUUAAUUAAUUAGGCGAGACCAAUCGCAAUUGAAGUCCCCAAUCAAAAUAACUUCUUUAUUUUCGGAUUCCAUUUUAGUAAUUAAAUCUUCAUACUUGUUAAACAAUUCUAGUGGUGUAUCAGGUGGUCUAUACCAACAAUUUAUUAAAAAGGGUUUAGAUUUUGGUUUAGAGAUUUCGAUUGUGAUUGUCUCAAGGUUUUCGUCAAAUAGAUCGUCUCUUAUUAUGUAGUUUAUUGAAUUUCGUAUGUUUAUUGAAUUUCCAUGCCGGUUUCUGUCUUUUCUAAUAACUUCAUAGCCAUUUAACUUUAUCUCGUGAUUUGGAACAGACAGAUCUAGCAUUGUUUCAUUUAGGCUAAUUAUGUCAAAUUGUUGUCUGUUAAGUAUAUUUUUAAUUCAUCGAUAUGCUUGAUUAAACUUCUUACGUUUAAGUGGGCAAUUUUAAAACCUCUUGUUUUCGGAUAGUCGGCAUAAUUUGCAUUUGUAUUACGAUAUGUAUUAUUGACGGUAACUUGAUUUCAAUCAAACACUUGGUUUUUUAAAAAUGGUUUUACGUUUCCUGCAAGGGUAGAUGUCCCUCUUUGGUUUAGAUGUAGUCCAUAAUUAUUGAGAUGAAUUUUAGUUAUAUUAUCAUGUUUAAUAAGACCCCAGUUAUGCUCAGUACAUAGUUCAUCUAGUUUCUUAUUAAAAACAUUUACCUUGUCGGCAAGAUUCGCAUUAUCAUUUCUAGUUAUAACUUCCGAGAGUGUAAGUUCAGUUCCCUUUCCUUCUUGAGUAAUUGUUUCUCCGAGUAUGCUUAUCGCCGUUAUUAAUAUGUAACUUGUGAUUUGGUUUGAAGGUCGUUCGUACCUACGUGUAAGACAACAUGGUUUGGUUUUUUCUGAAUUGUUGGUCUAACGUAAUGUAUCAUCUCGUCUACACCGGCCCCAGGAAAAGUUUUAAUCGUGACUUUAUGGUCCAAUCCGUGUUGAAUUUUCCUUGGAUUCAAGUGUUUUAACAUGGAUUCACCCAGAAUGGCAACAGUAGGGCGGUUGUGCUUCGUGUUCUUAGGUAUAUUUGCUUCUUUGACUUUCUGUGAAUCUUUUUUACAGUGUCGGUUUCUUUCGUGUCGUUGGUCUUGUUUUGGGACUUGUGUCGCGGUAAUUCGUCGCUACGGUUAUCAGACACAUUAUUGCUGUCUGAUUCACUAUCGUCUACGUCCGAUAUACUUAAAGCAGUAUACUGAUUCUUUUGUUGCACGGAUUCUUUUGCUUUGACAUUUUUUGUACCAACAAGAUUAUGGGCUGACGUAUUUCGUCCCUCCGUGGUCUUUUUGCGGCUGUUGACAACAUUCCGUGAAGCCUGUUGUUGUUCUUGAUCGUUUUGAAUAAUUUUAAUGACCGUAACUAAACUAUUCUUUUCGUUUUCCAAGUCCUUAACUUUUAAAUUCAUAUAAAUUAAUAUAAUUAUUAAUAAUAAUUAUUAUUAUUAUUAUUAUUAUUAAUUAUUCAUUUUAAUUUAAUAUAUAUAUUUUUAUUUAUAAUUCAUAUUCGGACAUAACGCAUUUAUAGCUGUUGAUUUGCUCUUUAAGUGAAUCGUUUUCUUUUUUAAUCUGGCAUUGUCUUUCGUGAGAUGUUUAUUAACAGCCGAUGACUGAUCGUUCACAGAUGAUUUAUUCAUGGCUUCGUUCUUUCCCUUAUCAUUUUCUCAUUAUAUAACUCUAUUUUUGUCUCAUGUAUUUCGCUCUCGAGGUUGUUGAUCUUUUGUCCCAAUCUCUUCUCAAGUUUUUGCACAGUGUCAAGCAAAACUUCGAACUUGUCGUUUCCGUUUUGAGUUGUUCAACGAAUUCCGCUUUUUGUCCAGCAAAUCCGGCACGCGAGUAUAUUUUGGCCGAAUUUUGUUAUUCCCUCACGGAUUUCAGAGCGAAUUUAAGCUCUUUGAUUAAAGUAUCGUUGUUUUGGGAGUUAUACGGUAUCAUUCUUGCAGGGGAUAUCGAUUAAUCGUGAAAGAAAUGCAUUAAAGGCGAAAAAUCGAGGAUAGUUUCGUGUGACAUAUGCCAAGUCUGGGCUAUUUUGGUCUCAAUGUUUCCUUCCUUCCCUCGUUAUAAGGAAGGCACAGGCGGGCGCGGGAAAAUCGAGCCUCGGCCUCCUGUGCUGAAAUCUGGACAGAAAUUAG